ACGGAGCCGCCUGGAUGGGUAUCCCUCAAGAAAAAUCCUAGAUUGCUUCCUUACCACUCAAGACACCCGGUUGACUUGAACACCAUAGAACUUGUGUCUCUUUCAAAAUCAUUUACUCCUCACGAUCAUGCCUCCUCGAUUGGUAAUGCUUCUCUUUCAAAUCCUGCGAAUGUGUCUUCACGAGUUUGCCAAUAUAAUGCACAAGCGGAUACUGGGGAUAGUGAUGAUUCACAGACGGCUCUCAUCCAUGAUGACCAACCUCCUAUCCCAUCUAGUUCAGGUGGUAUUCCACAUUCUGCCACUGGCAAGCUUCAAAACGAACCCCUUACUAAAGAGUCGGAUAGAAUUGUUGCUCCACCCACGAGUAUUUCGGAAUGCCAGGGUGCCUUCUCUAGCAAUGUUACUACAGAGUGCUUUUGA